UAAGUUGUCAAAUAUUCUGAUUCACCGAUUUUGUUGAAGAGCUUUUUUCAGUCUUUUUUGAUACAAAAUAGCAAAGAUAUAAUAGGAAAAUGUCGACUGUUGCAAGUGCUUUAUCUUUGCAAGGCACCCGCCAAUCCGGGCAAUCUGUGAGAACGCAAAACGUUAUGGCUGCAUUGUCAAUCGCAAACAUUGUGAAGAGUUCUUUGGGACCCGUUGGGCUUGACAAAAUGCUCGUCGAUGAUAUCGGAGAUGUUACAGUAACGAAUGACGGGGCGACAAUUCUUCGAUUGUUGGAAGUUGAACAUCCAGCUGCCAAAGUAUUGUGUGAAUUGGCUCAAUUGCAAGACGAAGAAGUCGGCGAUGGAACAACAUCUGUUGUCAUUUUGGCUGCUGAAUUGUUGAAAAAUGCUGAUGAAUUGGUUUUGCAAAAAAUCCAUCCAACUUCCAUCAUUUCGGGUUAUCGUUUAGCCUGCAAGGAAGCUUGUAAAUACAUUUCUGAGCAUUUGACAGCUCCUGUCGACGAAUUGGGACGUGAAACGUUGAUCAAUGUUGCCAAGACAAGUAUGAGUUCGAAAAUUAUCGGAGCUGAUUCUGAUUUUUUCUCCGCGAUGGUUAUUGACGCCGCACAAGCUGUCAAAAUCACGGAUAUUCGAGGAAUGCCCAUGUAUCCCAUCAAAGCGGUAAAUGUCUUGAAAGCUCAUGGCAAAAGUGCUCGCGAAAGUGUUUUGAUUCAAGGUUAUGCUUUGAAUUGUACUGUUGCUUCGCAACAAAUGCCCAAAAAGAUCACAAACGCGAAAAUCGCAUGUCUCGACUUUUCUUUGCAAAAGACGAAAAUGAAAAUGGGUGUUCAAGUUUUGAUCACGGAUCCCGAAAAACUCGAUGCUAUUCGUGCACGUGAACUCGAUAUUACGAAGGAACGCAUCGAAAAAAUUUUAGCUACAGGCGUGAACGUUAUUUUAUGCAGCGGAGGCAUUGACGAUUUGUGUUUGAAAUAUUUCGUUGAAGCAGGAGCAAUGGCUGUUCGUCGUGUAAAGAAAUCAGAUUUGAAACGUAUUGCUAAAGCAACAGGCGCUUCAUAUCUCACUUCGUUAACAAACAUGGAUGGGGAAGAAAGUUUCGAACCCAAUAUGGUUGGAGAAGCUGCUGAAGUUGUACAAGAAUUCGUUUGUGACGACGAAUUGAUCUUAAUCAAAGGUCCCAAAGCUCGUACAGCUGCUUCAAUUAUUCUCCGAGGACCCAACGAUUUCUAUUGCGAUGAAAUGGAACGUUCGAUUCACGAUGCUUUGUGCGUGGCAAAACGCGUGCUUGAAGGUAAAAAAGUCGUUGCAGGCGGCGGAUGCGUUGAAGCUGCUCUCUCAAUCUAUUUGGAAAAUUUUGCAACAUCUCUCAGUUCACGCGAACAACUCGCCAUUGCUGAAUUCGCAAAAUCGUUGCUCGUUAUUCCGAAAACUUUGGCAGUAAACGCUGCAAAAGACGCAACAGAUCUCGUUGCGAAACUUCGUGCGUAUCACAAUACGAGUCAAACGAAAGCAGAUCACGCUGAUCUCAAAUGGGUUGGUUUGGAUUUGUUCGAAGGCGUUGUAAAGGACAACAAGAAGGCAGGCGUUCUUGAACCCGCAAUGAGUAAGAUCAAAUCUCUGAAGUUUGCUACAGAAGCAGCAAUUACCAUUCUUCGUAUUGACGAUUGCAUCAAACUUAAUCCCGAAGAAAAGGGCGGAAAGAGUUAUGGAGAUGCUUGUGCAGCAGGCGAAUUAGACGGUUAAACGAUCAAAUUUACUCUUUUUUUAUCAACUCACACAGUAUCCCAUUUAAAUUUAAUGAUGCUCGUUGGAAAUUUUUCACAAGUAACCAUUUUGCUUUAACGUUAGAAUAUAAUUAACACUCACUCAUACACACACAAAAGCGCGUGAACUUUUAUUGUACUAUUUCAUUUCAUUUUAAUUAAAAAAAAAAAAUUAAUAAAUAUCAUGCUUAAAAAUUAA